UCUCGACGAAGCACGGCACACAUCAUCGAUGUCAAUGCUGUGUUCGGUUUCGCCGCGGUCACACACAGCAAUAAGCACACACAGAUCGUGUUCUCGUGUCUCCCAUUCUAAAUCCUGCCAUCUCGGGACUAUUGUUCGUGCUUUUUUUUUCGAGUAUUAUAACAUUUUACGAUCGGAAAAAUUGGUUUGUGUGAAGAGUGUGGAUAUUUGCAUUGUGUUUGACGAAACAAUGAACGUUUAAUUCGUGUGGGCUUCGCGCGCGUAAUUCAUGGUUUGUGGUGUAUUCAUUUGUAUGGCUCUGCGAGUGGUGUAGAAAAUGUCGCCAGCCAACAGAGCUAACCCCCUGACGGUAUGAUAAGGCGACUGUUUCACAUUAUUGGUGCCCUCUUGUUGCAUGUGUGUUUGAACGAACGACUGGAAUCGCAGAACUUAAUGUGAUGAUUGGACGGAACAACAAUUUCCUUACGCGGCGAAUAAGUGAACGAGAAAUAGUUGUGUGGCGAUUUAUGGUGUUUAUUCUGAAACAUAUUCGUUCCAUUCUGUAAUUCCCUCGCUGUUUGUUCAAAUGUAGAAGGUCAAAACCAUUAACAAUCCUUAAAAAUGCAUAACUAGUGAAUUGACGAAAACGAAAACAACCUAAUUAAUUGAACCUGGAAUAUAUGCCCCGUGUGUGUUUGUUUAGUAGUGGUCUGUGUAGGGUUUUACCACGGCGAUAGAAUUAAAAGUGACGCUUCGCAACGACAACGAAACGCGUUCAUAUCACCUCUGAAGUGACUUCAUCAUCUGCGUCAUGCAACGACGUACGCCAACAUCGUCGCAACAAAGUAAAGAAAAUGCAUCCAACCGUCUGCAACAGCAGCAACAGCAGCUGAAGAAGCCCUCAGAAGGUGGAAGCGGGAAAAAGAGCUCUACCAAUCAGGAUAGCGACGCCGACGAAACCAACAGUAAUGUUGUGGGUGGCUCGAAUGCCUCCUCCACUGUUAACAAGGAUGAAGAUGACAUUUACGAGUUCAAAUCCACCCCGAAAGAUUCCAGCUCCAGCUCGAGUGAUGAGAAGGAGAGCAAUAGUGAUAAAAAUGAGAAAACAUCCGGAGACAAGGGCAGCACUAACAAUGGCGGUGGCGGAGAUGGCGGUGAUGCCACUCAAGUGGCCAGUUCUUCAGGCGGUGGCAGUAGCUCGGGGACGGGGAGCGGUUCUGGUGGCGUCCCGAAACGACCUUUCUCGGAAGUGAAUGAUGCCGCUGAAGACAACGCGGGUGGUGCUAACAAUGAGGAUGAUAAUAAGAGAAAAAAGCGGAAGGACUCAGACACAACCAACAAAGAGACGAGCAAGAGUGGGACUGGCGGAAAUCGAGGAGCAACGCCGAGACAAGAAAAAAGUGGUAAAUCAUCAGGUUUACCUUCCAAGAAUCUCAGUUUGACCGGCAAGAGCGCCCUAGAUCGAAAGAGUCCAUGCGCGAGUCCUAAGCCAACGCCAAGCUUAUCCUCAUCGACGUUAAUCAAUAAAGCGGCUAACAACAACAAUGACAGUGAUGGAGAGACCGAAGAUACAGGUGGUCAGAAUAAAGAUUCGAGUUUUAGUAGUGGUGGUGGUGGACCAAAGGUUCCUCCGCUGAAAAUUGUUAUACCGCAGCAGAAUUCCAGCGGAGAUGCGGAAACGAGCGGAAGCUCUCGAAAUGGCAAGAAUGCCUCUGCUAGAAAUCAUGCCGCUCUACCUUAUGUGGUAGCAUCAUCCAACAGCAAUGAUUCUAGUGCCGAUAAAGAGAGUACCUCAUCGCGCUCGGCAAGUCCCUCGGAUUCAAAGAGUUCCGAUGAAAAGGCGACAUCGAAGUCCAGCGACGAGCGGAUGCAAUCGCGCGUACUUCGAAGUCACCGUGGAGGUGGUGGUAGCAACGCAUCUUCCGAGGGAGGCAGCGGUCGUAACAAAGACAAUCAGAGUGAUCGCUCGGUGGACCGAUCAAAUAAUUCAUCCCCACAGAUGCAACAGAUCAGUGCUGCACCAUCCCCGGCUUCCAACAGUGGUGAUGUCGGGGGCGGUAGCACUAGUGGGAGCACCGGAGGUCAGGGUAAAGACGGCAACAAUUCUAGUCCCAGCGCAGGGAAUCAGAAAGAGGGUGACCCCGAGAAUGGGACGAGCAGUAGUGGUAGCAAUCCGAAAAGCCCUCCCACUUCGUGUAGUACAACAACAUCCGCUACUACGAACAGUAGUACCGUUAGUGGAGGCGGAACAAACUUGAACCAAACCAAUCAAUCGAAUAACAACAGUUCGAGCUCGACUACUGAAACAGCAGUUCAUCCGAGAAAGAGGAAAAUAAAAACAAGCAAAGAUCAGACGUCGACAACGGCUUCGAGCUCGUCAACGCCUUCAACAUCCUCUUCAUCCGCUUCAGCAUCCAAUGACGAGAAGAAGGAAGUUAAAGAUGAAGCCCCGGAUGUUCACCCACACGAUCAGCCAAUUACUAACUGCUAUCAGAUGUUUUUGAACAUACGUAAACAGAUUGAACGUCGACAACGAAGUUUGUUCCCGGUUCAGCCGAAACCUCCACAAGGAUUCAAAGAUUAUCUCUUGAAUCGAUGUGCAUACGCACUAGCAGGAAAGACACCGUCAGAACCAAACGUUCAACCUCCUGCAAAUCUCCCGGUACAGAUGAAGGAUCUUUUCGCAACCCAAGAAAAAGAACGACACAAACUCAAAAUGCAGCAUAUCGUUGAGAAGGAGAAGCUUGUUCUCGCCGUUGAACAGGAAAUUCUUCGGGUUCACGGUCGUGCCGCCAGGGCCCUCGCAAACCAAUCGCUUCCCUUUUCUGUUUGUACAAUCCUAAAGGACGAGGAAGUGUACAACAUCAUUACACCGGAACAGGAGGAGAAGGAUCGCAAUGCUCGGUCACGGUACAAUGGACGUUUGUUUCUCAGCUGGCUGCAGGAUGUUGAUGACAAGUGGGAGAAAAUAAAAGAAGCUAUGCUUCUCCGACAUCACAACGAAGCGGAAAGUCUCCACGCCGUCCAGAAGAUGGACUGGGAAUGGAAAAUGAAGGAGAGCCUGCUGUGUGAGUUCAAGGCUAAGCCCAUUAUCGAAGAGAGCCACGUGCCAAUGGUGAAUGUGAGCGACGAUUUUGAUUUGCUACCCGCUGAUUGCAGAUUAGCAGUGAAGAAAGGGGCUAGGCGGCGAUCGAAGAAGAAACUGUCACUCGAAAUCAGCCUACAAAAUCUGUCGAUGAGCAACCGGAGCACGAGCAGGUUGAAGCCAAAGGUAUCACAUAGGCGCAGUAUCUAAUCGAGGAAAAAGAGGUAGUUUCAAUUCCAAUUAGGGCCAGAUGUGAAGUAGGAAAUGGGAACGUACCACAGUACUUAGAUGGUUACAUAUGGUUACAUAUUCAUCCAACAUAACAUUGGUCGGCACUCUUUAUUCACAUCCACAGUGGGUGGAAACUACACCGAGAUUUUAGCAAAAUUAUCUGCAAGCAAUAGUCAUUGCUCCAAAGGAAUAAAUCACUCGCAUGUUCGCACCCAA